AUGAUGUCGGCAUCGAAGAAACAGUACUUUCAAUUGCUUCCGGACAGACUGAAAAGUUUCUUCAAGAAAUACCCUCCAAGCGUGAAAUACAGCGAAAAACCGACCUCGAUCCAAGCGGUAGAUGCUAACCCAUUUUUGGCCAACAAAAACCCUGCAACGGGCAAAUAUCAUAACCCAAAGUAUUCUUUGAGACGUAUGAGUGAUCUGUACAAGCUGGCGCAUCAGUACGGGCUACAGGAACUGCUGCCACCCAGAAACAAACUGUUUUUCCAGGAAAAAUACGAUCAAAAGAAGUUCAUGAAGGGUGUGCUGUUACCAAAGGGCCACAAACACGAGUUGGCGCAAUCUGAUAAGAUGCGCAAGAUGCAAGAGGCUAUUCGCAAUGCGGACGAGUACAUUCUGGAGGCCAAAGGCCGCAAGUAUGCGAGGAAACUGGAAAAACGAAAAUUGGGAAAAACACCUAGCUGGUUCUGA